AUGACCAAAUUUCUAUUAUUUUUUAUAAUAUUUAUACCACUGAUAUUUGCCAACUCGUCGAUUUUACAACGAUACGAACAACGUCUGAAUUCAGCAUUGAGUAAAACUGGGAAAACCGUGAAGCGAUAUAAAUGUGUGGAAGAAUAUGUGACUUAUGAUAAAUUUGGGAAAACUGUGGAAGCGAAGAGAGGAGCUCAAUUUACGUCGACGGUUAUGCCGGAGGUAAGUUUACUUCUAGAGAGGAGAUUUUUAAUUUUUAAUUCGUAACCAUUUUUAGUACUAAACAAAAUUUGAAUUAUGCGUCAUGUUCAGAAAAACAGAAAAUUCAAAAAUAAUAUAAUCUUUUGUGAAAUUCAGAGUUCAAAAAAUUGAUUUUUCUCAUUUGAAACAACGUAUUUUUCAGAUUCAACGUGAAAUCCGACGUAAACCCGCCAGAAAAGUGACAAUUGCAAUGAAUGACGCGGCUGUCAGCACCACAUCUACAAGCACAACUACAUCAAUCCCAAUCCCAUCUACCAUAUCUUCUUCACCAACAAAACACUCAUUUGACAGUCUAAACGAGGAAGAAACUGAUAAAUUGAUUGAAGAAAUGUAUUUGAAGAAAAAAGGAAGUCAUGAGAACCCGACAACCACUUCGAUUCCAAUUGCAACAACAACUGAAACUGUACUUCCAACAAAAGCUCAGAUCUAUUCUACUGAUAUGAACUCAGUGGAUUCGAUUUUGCCGCCAGUCUCGGCUCCAAGAUACAAUCCGAAUCCAAGAAAAACAUCGGAGGAAUUUAUCCCAUUUUAUCCACGUCGUAGAUCUCAUCGUCAAGAAUAUGAUGAUGACGAUCUGGAUAAUCUAGAUUACGAAGAUUUCGAGUAUUUCCAACCAUUUCGAAGAGGAUUUAGAAGGCAUGAACAUCGAAACUCAAAUGUUAAAGUGACACGAGAUUUGUCACCGUUGAAAGCACAUAGAAGAUUGAGACAUCAGGUUCCGUAUCGAAGAUAUUUACCAAAAGCUCCUCCAUCAGGUCCGCCGGUUUAUAAUAAACCCGUGGCACUUCCAGUUGAGCCAAAAGCGGCAGUAGAACCAGUGAAAAUGAAACCGAUUGAGCAAUCAAAUCCGCAGGUAAGAAAUUGAUUUUAAAAAAUGCAUGCAAACUUCUUGCAAACAAUUUAUUCUAAAAUUUUCAGGAAAUGCAAACAGCCAAUGAAGAAAGCUGUUCGAAAAUCGCAAAACUCGCUAAAAACUUCGGCAUCAAAGAUGUCUCAAGCUGGUCGCGAAGUAAUUGCGCAUUUUUGCAAAUGUACGCGCCAACCGCGAGUUGCGAUUUGAUUUAUCAUUUCAUCGACUCAUGCAAGUUGCAAAAAAUGUUCUAA